AUGGCUGAAUCAGACAAUGCGCAGCCCAAGCCCGAGGGCGGUGAGCAGCUCAACAUCAAGGUCAAAGAUGCCGAUGGAAACGAGGUCUUCUUCAAGGUCAAGCGCACCACCAAGCUCUCCAAGCUCAAGAAGGCGUACGCAGAGAGGAUGGGCAAGCCCGAAAACAGCGUCCGCUUCAUCUUUGACGGCCAGCGUAUCGGUGACAACGACACUGCCGAGACUCUCGGUAUGGAGGACCAAGACGAAAUUGACGCAAUGAUCGAGCAGCUCGGCGGCUGCUAA